AAGACCAACUUCUUGACGGGUUAUUGUUAUUCAAAUGAGCCUCAAUAGGCGGAAUCUAGUCGGUCAGCUAUAACGGAGCUUACAGUCAGAACACAGCGCGCGGAGCUGGAGGCCAUUCAUCAACCGCUCGUGGGAACCACCUAGGAACAGAGUAUUGGAGUAUGGCAUACUGAAGUUCUCAGCUCUUUAAGGACUGUGUGAUAUGUUUGAAUAAUCUCGAGCGUCGAACGCAUAAACUGGGGGAAUUGUAAAUACCUUGGGGCUUGGUCUUUUAAUGUUCACUGUCCAUUAGUGAACGUUAGCUUAAUCAUUUCGGAGUUUGGACGAAGAUCUGGCUCAUAAUCUUCCAUCAGAAACACAAGCGAAGGGCAACAGUCGUCUACCUGUUGAAAUCAUGAGUCAGGCUGACAUGACUUGCUCUGCACGUCAAAGAGUAUUUCAGGAAGCACUCAGGAAGGGCAAUACUAAGGAACUUCAUUCUCUCUUGCAAAACAUGACAAACUGUGAAUUUAACGUUAACUCUUUCGGACCCGAGGGACAGACGGCGCUGCAUCAGUCCGUGAUCGAUGGCAACCUGGAGUUAGUAAAGCUUCUGGUGAAGUUUGGUGCAGACAUCCGUCUGGCCAACAGAGAUGGAUGGAGUGCCCUGCACAUAGCAGCGUUUGGUGGACAUCAGGACAUCGUUCUUUACCUCAUCACACGGGCGAAGUACUCAUCAAGCGCGCUCUGAGGCAAUCAAAGAAGAUCUGACGCUGUACCUUUAAGCCUAUCAUACAUUUGACCCCUUUGUGCCAAAGUAAAAGACAGCUUGUUUGUGAUGUAAUGGAUUUAGGAAAUUGAUUUGAUAUCGAUAGGCACAGCAUUCAAAUCCAAAAGGCUAUUUUUGAUAAUGUUGGGUUGGUACAAUGUCAUGGAUGUGGUUUGCCAACUUUGGAUGCAUGAUGAAAAUGAUUGCUGUGUUAUUUAUAGAUUUAUUUGAGAAUAUGACACAUUCAACAGUCGUAUCAAAGUAAAAAAGAUGACGCUAGGUGGUCCUACAGGAUGACUAGUCUCAGGGUGCGAUUUAUGGGGGGUCUGACUCCUUAAUUAAGGCUUUAACGCCCCAAAAGAACAAAACAACAGUGGUCCUGAAAGUAUGCAGGCCUAUUCUUUUUUUUCAUUUAUUUCAAACAACGUUUUUAAGAACUGCAAAAAAAUCUCAGAAUAUGGUAAAUUCGAGUUGAAUAAGUAACCACAGCAGUGAUCUGAUAACACUUUUACUGCUUUUACACUUUAACUUUUUUAAGUUAAGUAUCUUACAGUAAGUGCAUUUACACAACUAUUAGCUAUUUUAUUGUAGAUAUUCAUAUCACAAAUAUUUCACGCAGCCUAUUUUGUGUUUUGUUUUAAACACAUUUACAUAGGCCUAUAAUUGAGGUUUAGCCAACUGCAUACAAAAUAUAAACAUUGCUGACAGACGUUUCUUCGAAAAGUCGACCCCCCUCAAUAAAUAAUUCGCAUACUGACUGGAGUGACAUAAAUAUUCCUAUACAGAAUUACAUUAUACACACAUUCUCUCUGCAUAUUGUCUAAAACAGGGACUGAUGUCUGAUACCUCAACUGUAAUGUAUUAUAAUGGUGACAUUGCAAUGUUGGUCAUCAAGUUUAGUUUCAUAAUUAACCAUUCAUGAUCUCUCACCUCUUAAAUGAAAAAUAUCCACGCAAACACUUUCUGGCCCAGACACUACCAAAUAGGGUUGUAUUUUGGCAUUGUCUGUCAUGUCAUAAUAAUCAGUACUUUGUUAUGGAGUUCCUAUGUGAACUGUGUUCCUGACACUAAAGCUUUUUUUUUUUUUUGCUGAUCCA